AUGAAUAAUUUACCAUUUAAUAAAUGGACCCUAGGUUUCAUUAAUAAACAAUAUGAAGAUCUUUAUGAAGUGGAAAUGAAUAAAUACAGGCAAUCAUACUUUAGAAUAAUAGAAAUAAUCAUUUUACUAUUGUGCAUCCUCUUCUUCAUAUUUAAUUUGCUGGAAGAACGAUAAAUAAUUGUAAUGGUGAUUUUAGCAGUUUCAAGCAUAGCCAUUUUCUUUGCAUUAAUUUAUGGCUAAAGAUUUGCAUAGAAAGUUCGAUACUAUUACUUUUUAAUGUAUAUGGCAUCCUUAGCAAUAAGCUUAUAUGUUGCAUCUUAAACUAUGUAAAAGUAAUAUGUAGUUCUAAUUAUAUAAGAUCCCCAUUUCUUUAUGGAUAUUCAUCUGCCACUAUUGCAAUUAUAUAAUUCCUAUUUAGUCACUUUAAAUUACGCUUAUUUACUCUUUUAAUUGUCCCAAUAGUUUAACUUUAUAUUUUAGAUGUACUUACUUUGGAUGACUUUGCUUAUAUUAUACUUGCUUUCAUGACAUAAUUAUUAAUUCUGCUCUAUUCUCAUUAUAAUGAAUUCAUGUUUCGUUUAGCCUUUUCGUAUAUGAUAUAUAAUCUUAAAUUGAAGUAAAUGCUUAUUAUUAUAUUAAGAGAUAUUUCUUAAGAAUAUAUUCCACAUUCCUUUUUAGCACUUAGUCUUAAUGUUAGAAAUAACUAAUUCUAAUUGGAAUUUCAAAAUCAAAUUAGCAUUACAAACUUAAACGUUGAAGAUUCGAAAACUUUAAUUGAAAUGAUGAGAAAUACUUAUGUUGUACCUAAAGGUUAAAUACCAACGAGUGUUGAUUUAUAGAAUAUUAACAUCUAAAGAUCUGGUGAUUUAUCUAUGCGAAGAUUAGCUAAUAAAAAAUAAACAUUGGAAGAAUUUGCAUUUUAUAAGAUUAAACAAAAUUUAUCAGUAGAUCAAUAAUAACCAAAAGAAGAGACUGAAGAAAUGGAAGGGGUAUUUUACAAUUAACUUAAAGAAAAAAAUGUUAUUGUCAGUAUUGAUAUCAAAACUCUUAAUUAUGGCAAGAAUUAUUUAUUAAUUGUUAUUAAGGAAGAAAAAUAACCUUAAAUGAUGUCAAAAAGCGAAGAAUAAAUUCGAUUCUUAAAUAAAAUUAUUUAAUUUGCUUCUAAUUAACUUUCAGCUUCACAUUAACAUUUAUAUAAAGAAAUUAUAGGAUUAAAAAUAAGUUCAAUAGAUAAUGAAAAACUUUGGUAAAUUAAAUGCAUUAAUUUAUCUAUUAUGAAUCAUUUUUAAAACUUUUACUUUUUUGUUAAUUCAACUAAAAUCAAUAAUUUCUUAGCAGCUUAUAGUAAAAUUAAUCUAAAAUAUUUUCUUAUUAACUUACAAUAACAUUUUUGUUAUAUGAGUAUGAAAUUGAAAAAGAAAUUUAAUUAUGAAUUAAAUCUAGAUGAUUUUAUGAUUAAAGUCAAUUCUAAAUUCCUUUCAUAAAUAAUUUUUAAUAUCUUUGAAUAAUGUCUCAAAUAAGCUGAUUCUAAUUCUACUAUUAAUCUUUAUGUAAAAAAUGAAUUGAAUUUAAAUCCCUUAUAAAAUUAUGUUGUUGAAAAAAAAUGUCUUCAAGAACUUGAUUUUAUUGAAAAAGUUGCUGAAGAAUCAUAAGAAAGUCCUACUAAAGUUGAAUUUUAAAAACUUGUCAAAUUUGAAUUUACUUUUUUAUCAAGUAAAUAAGUAGAAUUAUAAUCAGAGACUAAUUUAAUCUUAAAUCCACAAACCUAUGAAGAUUUUCAUUUCAAUAACAAUUAAGAAUUUUAAUUAAACCAUCCUAUAACAAAUUUUUUAUUAAAAAAGAUUGGCCCGUACAACUCUAUUUAAUAUUCUUAAAAUAUAUAUUGCGAUCAUUAAUGUUAAUAAGCUGUUAUCGUAUUCCCUUCGAUGAUGGAUUUGAUUUAAUAAUAAACCUUGUAUUAAAAUAAGAUAAGCUUCUACAUUUACACAGAUUAAACUUAGUUGACACAAUCAUUCAUUAAAUAUGCUCAAUAGAAGUCAUUUUUAUAACCUUGA